CUUAAAUAUUCGAGUUGUAAAAUGACCUCCAACGAGACCCAGACUGAGGGAAAACAUAGGGUAACGAUUCCCUCUGCGAGCCCUGAAAAAAGUGAAGAAUCCAACGAUGAAUCCAAAAGCGUUCCUAAUGAGGAUCCCAAAAGAAUUUCACAUAGCGAGUUCCAAAAGAGGGUAACCACGGAUAGGAGCAAUGAACCGGUGUUCAGUUGCCAGUUCGAGGUUUUCGGGAUAGUGCAAGGCGUUUCCUUCCGAAUGUACACCUUACGAAGAGCGCAAAAGUUGGGCGUUCGGGGCUGGUGCAAGAACACCACUGAAAACACGGUGAAGGGUGAAAUUCAAGCGCAUCGACAUGCCUUUGAGUCCAUGCGCCUCUGGCUAAAGCACACCGGCAGCCCCACUAGCCGAAUCGACAAGUGCAUCUUUGGCGACACCUCUGAGCUUUCCGAGUUUACCUACAGCAACUUCUCGAUUGUGGUGGAUUAAUUUGUGUUCCAGCUUUAGACCAAUUUAAAA